AGUAGAUCCUGGGUUCACAUAUUCAUCCACGCUGUCGUUGUUAAUACAGGGCAGAAUUGCAGUUAUUUCACGCAUACAAUGAUAUAAUGCAUGAUUGAGAACUAUCAAACAUGGCUGUACACUCAGCAUAAUUUUGAGACGGAAACAGGCGACAUUUUGAAGUGUUUUGGUGGUGAACUACAUGUCACCGCGGAAUAAUCGAAGGGGCGUUCUGUGUAUUUUCCUUUUGGAGAAAGUGCAACGAGUUUUGGAAAUAGAGGAGGUUGUGCUUGAUUGAACCGCGGCGAAGGGGGUCCUAUGGGACAGCAUCACUUCUGAAACUUCUUUCACUAUAGUACCUGGUUCUAAAAGGACCGGUUUCGGUUCAGUCCGAACUCGAACUAGUUGGUUUGUAAGCCUCCUUUGAGUGUUUGGUGUGAGCGCGCUUUUGUUACGAUUUCCCGAACACACACACAAGCGGUCAUCGGGUAUCGGAGAAGACACCGUUGUCAUUUGUGAAUAUAAUGUUACCUAGCCAGGCUGGGUCAGCACCAACUGGAAACGGGUCAGCGUCCGGCACUGGUAACAUAGGUCACGGAUCGGGGAUUGCAGGCACCGGGAUUCGGCCCAGUCUGGUUAGCUCGGGGUUAAACGAAGUAGCCACUGGGUUCAGCGGUAGCCACGCCGGUGGGGCUGGUCGGUCGGGGGACGGGUCAGGGAUGUUGGGGGGAAACGGAGCAGGGGUAGGUUCCAGGGGGGUGAUGAGACCAGGCAACGGAGCAGGAUUGACCACUCUGCAGAACACGGCGGGCGUUGUGGGCGGAAUUAACACGGGAAUUGGUACCCACGGCGGAGGCAGGUUUGACCCGGACAGACAGAGCGCUCCCCAGGUGUACAGUUGUUCCGAAGCCGAUUCUGACUCGGGGGAUGACGACGACCCCAUGGGUUCAGCUGGGGACAGCAGAAGAGGAGUGAAGCGGGAGAGGCCAGAGAUGGAGGCUGCAACUGCGGGGCCGGAGGUCGGUAUUCCGCCUGGAGGUUAUGGCGGGGUCGCUGGAGGAGUCGCUGGUGCAAAGCCGGGGAAGAAGACCCGGGGACGAGUUAAGAUUAAGAUGGAGUUUAUCGAUAAUAAACUGAGGCGAUACACAACUUUCAGCAAAAGAAAGACUGGCAUUAUGAAAAAGGCGUACGAGCUCUCCACGCUGACGGGCACGCAGGUGCUGCUGCUGGUGGCCAGCGAGACGGGGCACGUGUACACCUUCGCCACGCGCAAGCUGCAGCCCAUGAUCACCAGCGAGACGGGCAAGGCCCUGAUCCAGACCUGCCUGAACUCGCCCGACUCGCCGCCGCGCUCCGACCCCUCCACCGACCAGCGCAUGAGCGCCACCGGCUUCGAGGAGACCGACCUCACCUACCAGGUGUCCGAGUCCGACAGCUGCGGGGAGGCCAAGGUGAGCGCGCCUCGCUUCCUGUCGCCCUCGACCUCGUCGCGCCUUCCUCUGCUGACGUCACUUCCUGUUACUGUUGCCUUGCCCUGCUGUCCUGGCUUACAUAAAUUCUUGUUACUGUGGUGCCUUCCUGGCCUACAUCGCUUCCUGUUACUAUCGUUUCCUGUUACGUUCGUAUACCUCCGCGGGCGGCGGCGCCCUCAGCACUCCCGCUUCACUCACGUCCGCUGCAGUGAACAGCAGCCCGUCGUUUCCCAUCACCACCUGCUGGCCCGUGUCGGCUGCCCACCUGUCAGCCUCGUCACCUGUCACCACGGCAUCCUGCUCAAGACCACGGCUCCCCUACGAGGCGUCAAAAACUCACUUCGACGCGGUCGUAUCUCUCGUUUGCGUGUGCCCCCCCCCAAACCCCCCCCCCCCCCAGGCGGUGCCCUACCCCCCGGCACGCCUGCCAUUCCGCUCAGCCAGCUGCAACAGCACCCCCUGCAGGCUCAGACGCUCACUGCUGCCGUCACUGCCGCUCAAAACCAGCAGGUCUUCCGCUUCCCUGCCGGCCUUUCUCUCACAGGUGGAGGUAUGGCCCAGCAGCUCCAGGCUAUCCAGGUCCACCCCACCACCCAGCAGAGCUCUGUCAGCACCAGUGACAGCAGCCCGGAGAUCUCCCAGCCCUCCAGCAGCUCCACAGUGAGUGUUCCCGCCACCAUCGUCACCUCCUCGGUGCCUACCUCCAUGGCGGGUCACAUGAUGUACCCCAGCCCGCACGCCGUAAUGUACGCCUCCGCGCCCACGCUGUCGGACGGCAGCCUGGCCGUGCUCAACGCCUUCUCCCAAGGGCCCUCCCACCAGCAGGGCCAGGACACGGGUGCAGUGCCUCAGGUGUUCCUGGCCGCCGGCCCCCCAGGGACGGUGCAGAUCCCGGUGUCUGCAGUGCAGUUGCAUUCUAUGGUGAUUGGCCAGCAAUCCGGCGGCAGCAGCAGUAACCUGACGGAGCUGCAGGUGGUCAACCUCGACGCUCCGCACAACGCCAAGAACGAGUGAAGGACGGACGGACGGACGGACGGACGGACGCGCCCACGUGCACAGGCGGUCGCCAGGGAAACGCAGACACCGCGCAGAGAGCCGACUGCCACCACUAUUUAUUGAUGCCUUCUCACUGCGUUUUAUAUGUCCCAGAACACAGAAAGAAAGUGAGAGCGAUGGAAGUGACGGAAAGAGACGAGGGCGUCUCCUCCCUAUGCUCUUUGGAUCAGAACUUGUGCGGCUGAGAACCUUUUGUUCCUGUUUCGGUUUUUGUCGAAUUUUCUUCCCACCCCCCCCCCCCCCGCCAGUUUUAAUAGCAACUUUGCUUGCAAUAUGCAUACACUGCAGGUGGCCUGGAUCCAUAAUUCUGCCAAAGAGACGUGCGUGUGCGUGAGUGUGUACGCGUGUGAGCGUGUGUACGCGUAAACGUGUGUGUGUGUGUGUGUGUGUGUGGGUGCGCACGUGUUAAUGCGGUUUGAUAGAGGACGGAUGGGAAACAAGGAGAUGUGGAAAUAUGUAUAUAUAUUUUUUUUCUUUUUCUAUUGAUAUAUUCAUAUUUUAAGCCUGUUUGUGCAACUGUAUGUGAGGUUUUUUUUUUUUUUUUUUAAAGCCUUUGUUUUGUACGCGUGUAAGUGAGCACAGAAAUGGAUAAUAUAGGCAUUAUGUAUACAAAGCGAUGUUAAAACACUCGUGUGAGGUGUUCGUGUGUGUUCAUUAGUGUGGAGUAGGAAUCCGGAAGGUUCUCCUCGGAUGAGAAGCCCAAGUUCUCAUGGAAUAUCGUGCCAAAAUACUGCUCGUCAGGAACACAGCCUGGGGUGGGGGGGGGGGUGGAAUUUGGUUGAGGUGCGGUUAGCGCGCCGAGGGAACCCGGCCUCCUCCUCUCCCUCGUCUUCAUCACCGCGGCCUCUCCCUGCACUGCCUGGCCUUCACGCCUCUGGCCUCCACGAGCACCGGCGUCCUGCAUACGCUGCCCUUUGACCCCCUGUGAGCAGGGACGUGUUUGAGUUCUUUCAGGGCUCCUGGCUCGGCGUAGGCCCCGUUCUCCAGCCUGUCGGAAGCACCCCCAGCAGUGACUUCUGCCUGUACGUACAGUAUGUGCGUGCGUGCGUGCGUGCACAUGUAUGUACAGUAUGUGCGUGCGUGCGUGCACAUGUAUGUACAGUAUGAGCCUGUGUGCAUGUACAUGUAUGUAUGUACGAUAUGUUAGCGGGCAGAAUGUAUGAGUGCUGUAACUUUGUGACUUUUGAAAUGUGUACGGAGGCCAGCUUGCCACUAGUUCAGCUCCAAUUCAAUGCCCUUUCACCUGCUACAAUGCCCGUCAGGUGACUGAACUUUUAGGGUCAUGUGACCUGAACAGAAAGGAAACAAACUCCAUCCUCUCUCUCUCCCUCCGUCUCUCCCUCUCCCUCCAUUAAAUUUAGGCGUUCAGCAUUCUCUCUCCCUCUAUUCUGCCAUUCUUCUGAAAAAGGGGCUUGACUGUUGAGUAUAGCUUGCCUUUUUGUGGAUAGAUUAUUUUUCUAUAUGUAGUUUAAAUUUGUCCACAUCAGAGACGACAGAGUAGGCAAAAGCCCAGGUUAUUAACCCACAAACUUACAGAAAACUGUAAGCUCAUGUAUUUUUUUUUGACAUUUUGUCAAAGAUUUUAUUUUUUAAUUAUCUUUUUUAUUUUUUUUUAUUUUUACAAAACACAUUUCUGAAUUUCUUGCGCAUCCUUGUUUGAUGAUGAAUGACAGUCGCGUGGCGGUGGAGUCGUGGGAGAAAAGCGGUCGGGGUCACGGCCUCUCGGUCAACCUGACCGCUGAAAGUACACUGAAAGUGUGUGGCGGUUUUCUCGCCUCUGGAGGGUUCUCGCCCCGUCCCUCUGGUGUUCUGGCGGUUGUGGGGUCUGCGCGCUAGAGGUCCGCUGCCUCCGCUUGGUUCCGUCUACCUCUCUCGGCCUCGUUGCCGAGGCGACCUGUAAACCGUUGCGCUGCGGGAGUCCGCCGCGCCCAAUGGCGUGCAAGAGGCGGGGUUUGCGGUCGGAGGGAACCGGGUUCGAAGCGACGCCCACGCCACGCCCGUGGAUCCGUGUGCGCUUUUCUUCAGGAGCAGGAAGACUGGUGGGGAAAAAGAAAGUGAACAUUUUUGGUUCUGUGUUUUUUUUUUUUUUUUUUUUUUUUGCCUUUUUGGGCAGUUUUGUCUACAUAUCAUAAGAUUUUUCUUUUUUUGCAUCGCCCUUCACUUUGUUUGAUUUUCUAGUCACAUGUCGUUGGUUUUCUUUUGUGUGCCUACUGCUCUGUCAUAAAAAAAAAAGAGUAUGACUUGGGUUUUGAUAAAUGAAAUGGUUCAACAGGGAUUUUGUAGAUGUGCAUUUUUCUUGGGAUUAUCGACUCCAUAUACGGUUUAUAUUUAAGUAGUACAUUUUCUGCCUUAAAACUAUCAUAUCGUGAUAGCAGGGAAACAAGGUUUUUGUGAAGUGUGAAGAUCAGUCCAGUGCUUUUUCUAAGGUUCACUCAUUUCGUUGCAUUUCGAGUGGCACUUCACUGUGUGUUUUUGUAUGGUGCAUUUUGACGAUCAAACGGAAUGGCAUAAACGGGGUGCGCAGUGCUAUCUGAGUAAGGUAGUGAGGGGUUGCGGGUUUUUGUUUUAGACCAGUGCUAAAACAUCAGAUUCUGCUUAUAUCACGGUCUUGAUUUUUCAAUCGGGUGUCUCGGUGCUGGGCUAAAACAAAAACCUGCAGCCCGCAGCGGUCCGUUUCGGGUCGGAUUGGAAACCCCCUGGGUUUAGAAGCCUGAAAGACAGGGCCGGGAGAACCGUGUUCCAGGGGGGCUGGAGGUCCGUUUCUGGAUUUUACGCCGACCUUUGGCUGUCAGUCGUCGAGUUAACCUGAUCAUUUGUGAGCUUACGUUUCACCCACACUUAUGUUUUCUCUCGUGAGUGAUGGAUAAAGACUGUUCUGGAAUGUAAUUGCCACAGUCUAAUCUGUAGGUGAACCAGUGUUUUUGUCUACAGCCAAUUAGUUAAUUAAGCCAGGCUAAUAGGUGGAAAUAAAAGUAGAAAAAAAUACAGCCCCCUCUAAACGGGAUUCCCUGUCCUUGCCGUGAAGGCUGGUGUUUAACACUAAGGUUUUUUUUUUUGUAGUGUGUUAUUUUAACGGACCACAGAGAAGCAGUCCUGCCCUUGACCCCCCCGACCCUUCCCCCGAACCUCACACAGGGUGCAUUCCCGACCACUCUCUGACCGCCCCCCCCCCCCUCUUGACAGAGCCAUCCCCCCAGUACUGUCCAAAACCUGGGUCAAUAUGUGUACGCAUGCUUGUGUAAUAUGAAAUACUUUAAUCCUGUAGAAUGAAGGUAAAAUUAGGAACAAAAACACUUCAAGCACAUCACUGGAAACUUCCAAACACAACAGGAACCACAAUCUCCAUUUAUAUGAAUGAACGCACUUGUUCUCGAUAUUCAUAAAGUAACAAGAUAGUCUGUAGGAAUGUAAGUGCUGCUUGAAAGGUUAAAGUAUUUUAAACAAUCAUUUGACCCAAUCAUUCAGUCUGUACUGAACAAAGGUCAGUACUGGGAGCAGAAGCACUGGAUGAGGUCAGUGUCCCUCUGUCCCUCUACCUCAUUGGCCGAUGGCAAAAUGAGGUCAUAAAGGUGGCAUCUGAUUCUCGACAGGCAGAUGGCGCUGUUUCCCUUCUGCUGUUCAAUGCCUCUUGUGUUCCCAAUUCAGGCUCUGUACCUGAGAGAGAACCUGCAUGAAAUUUGUGUACAAACAUCUGUAGAUAGUUUUGUAUUCUGAAAAUGCAGACACAAGAAAAGCCAUGAAAUAUAAAUGGUAAAAAAAAAAAUAUAUAUAUAUAUUUUUAUAGAUGUUUGAAUCAGUGUUUAUGUUUCCAGUCUGGGGGAAGGGCUGGGGGUUGGAGAGGAGUAGAAUCAGUUGUCUUUUUCUGGGUGUUCAUCUUUUCUUCCCUCCCAACUGUUUAUUUUGAGUGGAUAUGGGUAACAGUCACUUUGAAUUGUCUUAUCCAAUCCUCCCCACAUUGGCCAAGGAAGCUGGUUUAGACUGCUGCAUUGCUAAGCGUGUAUUACCCUUUCAAAUACCUUACUAUUUUUUAAGCUGGUUUGUCCUCACAGAUGAACUUGAGGAAUGCUGUACACUAUGUGUAAAGCAAAUUUAUCUUUUAAUAUUGCAUAAAAUAUUUCCCAAUUUUGAAGAACUGACUGAGAAUAAAUGGCAGAAUUUUUUGGCAAGGCAUAGGAGUUACUCCAACAUUAAACCUUGACAAUUUGGUGGAAAUUCUUUUCUUUUUUUUUUUUAACUAAAGAGGAUAUUUGAUGCCGGAUGUUUUGUUAUAAUGUAUGUGGCAAGAUCAGCAAUGGAUAUUGUUUUACUUCAGUUUUUGACUUCCAGAGUUUGUCUGAGGAGUUCAUGUAUGUAACACAACUCUGUACAGAGCUUUCUUUUGUAAUAAAAAGAAGGACAAAUAAAUACCUUCAAUAAAUGUAUGAUUUGUGAA